CACCAGGGAGCCAGCAGCUUGUUAUCGCCGCCUUCUGCUGCCACUGAUCGCUGCCCGCUGCCGCCGCCUCUAUGCACAAAAACCGUGUGAACAAGCCCUAACCAAGGCUGGGCUUUAGCCGGAACCCCAGGUGAUCAACUAUAGAAUGCAAGUGAACCUGCCAGCAAGUGUUCAAUUCAUCUGAAAUGCCACCACAAAGUGAAAAAAAGCCAGUAAGCCGGAACUAAAACUUAAAAAAACGAAAAAAAAACUGUAAGCAGAAACUAAGAAUGCAUUCCAUAUACAAAGACUAAAUAAUAUCUGAAAAUAAUGCACCCAUAAAUAUUCCAAUAAAAACUUAAAAAUGCAGCAAAGAAUAUAAGGAAAUCGAGAAAGCAAACGUUAAAACUCCUGACAUAAUGAAAAUAAAUUCAGAAGGAAAUACCUGCUUUCAGAUCUUUCUUCAUCGCUGUUUGCUGUGGCUUUGCUGUAGACAUAGAGAUAAUGACAAUACAUCUUUAAGCAUGAAAGUUUCACAUAAAAAUACAGAGGAUACAACAGUUGACUUACAUGUGUUGGAAUUGAAACAAAAAAUCUAUGAUGAGUUAUGUAAUAUCAAUGAUGGCUCAUGGAAAAUGGAAGAUAUAAAAGAAGCUGUCUCCUCCUGCAAAGACUACAAAUCUGCUGUACAGUACCUGUCACAUGAGUGUCAGAUAUGCUGUGAGAAAUACCCAUACUCAAAGUUUGUGAAGAUGACGCACUGCAACUGCUCCUUCUGUGAACUGUGUUUCAUUCAUCAUUUCUCCUCGGUGAUCAAAGAAAAGAGUAUUAUUCAUGUGGUGUGUCCUAUCUGCAAAAAGCCUGAUCUGGAGAAUGAAGGCAACACAGAGGAAUCAAGGGAGUAUUUUAACUUAUUGGACACACAGAUUCAUCACUAUCUUGAUUCAGCAACACAUGAGUUGUUUCAAAGCAAACUGAGGGAUAGAGCACUCAUGGAGAUGCCCAAUUUCUGCUGGUGCAGUCAUUGUUCAUUUGGCGUUCUGCAUGAAAGAGACACUUUACAAAUGGAAUGUCCCUCCUGCAAUAAAAUUACUUGUUUCAAUUGCAAAGAGCAAUGGGAAGAUAUCCACGAAUUAUUGAGUUGUGAGGAGUUUAGUUUGCAGAAAAUGCAAAAUACAGAAGAAAAGCUGGAUGAUUAUCUAGCCAGGAACGGAAUUGAAUGUCCAUCUUGCAGAUUUCGGUUUGAUUUGUGGAAAGGUGGAUGCUUACACUUUAAGUGCACACAGUGCCAGCAUGACUUCUGCGGAGGAUGCCUAAAACCAUUUUAUCAUGGAUCCAAAUGUGGUUUCUUUGAUGAUUGUGACGGGAAAGGGUUACACGCUCAUCACACCCGGGAUUGUUUCUAUUACCUGAGAGACUGGGAUGUAGGGAGACUGCAGCAGCUUCUUCAGCACAAUAAAAUACAGUACAAGAAUGACAUCACCAAAGAGCAGUCUGGAUCCAUAGAAAGAUUCUUUAAGUUACGGAAAACAGAUGACACGCAUAAGGAGAAGAGAGAAGAAAAGGAAGAUGAUGCCUCCGAUGAAAUAGAAAACAAGGAAUAUUUAAUCAAAAUAAUAAAUUCAAAUUUCCUGGAUCCAGUUGAUCUAUACACAGAAAAGGAGAUGAAAGUAGAGCUUCAACGGUGGAAUAUAACCAUUCCGGAAAACGAGGACGAGGACAGACAGAAAGCAUACCUACACAACCUCCAAACGAAAAUAAAGCAAGAAAUACCCCUCGCUGUGACUCUGGAUAUAUAUGAAGAAUGAACCCAUAGAGAAGACAAAGUAUUUAAUUCCAUUAACCAUAUAUAGUCAAACUUUAUAUGAGCAAGUGGGCAGUUCUAUAACUUACAGACACUCAAAGAGUACCUGUCAUGAUCUUGUUACAUUUUAUAAUCCUCCCAAGUUCACUGCCCCCAUCAUGAUAACCCCCCCCCCCCCCCUGCCUUUAUUUUUAUUAUUUUUUUAGUUUUCUACCUUGAUAUUGCUCUGUAUUUUCUGCUCAGCCUCAGUCAGAAUCACAGACUGGGAAGGGGCGUUCCCCAGCAGGUGUUACAUAAUCUGAAGCCAUACAGGGGAGAACUUCCUCCCUCACUCUGCUACACACAGCCCAGAGCAGUCCAGUGUGAGAUGAGCUGUGAUUGGAUAAGGCUGCACACAUACCCCCUCAGCACUACAGACUGAAUUUCCUGAUUUUGGACUUCUGCCAGGCCAGCAGGUGUCCAAAGUCUGAGCAAGAGAAAGGGAAAAAUGUGCUCUGGACAUGUAGGGAGACACCUAGUGGCAGCUCUUUUAAACACAAAUAAAACAUAGAAAACUUAAUAUUUUGAUUUACCAUAAAGGAGUGCAAUAGCAAAAAUGAGUUUUAAUGACAGUGCCCAUUUAAGUAGAAACAAGAACAGAAUAUUGGUUGUAUAUUUUAGAGGGGUUGAAUGAGAAUAUGCAAAUUUACAAACCAGUUUAUGUUACUAAGUAUCACCCCUUAGCUACAAAUUCACUUUACAUCUACACUAUAACUACAAUUAAAGUGGUUAUCCAGCUGUUUAUAACGCAGGGUGGGUUCACCCCACGAUUUUCUAUCAAGUUUUUAGAUACGUUUUGUUUUUUUCUAACGUAUGCAACCGUACAGCAAACCGUGGCCAUAGACUUUCCAUUCAAAACCGUAUGCACCAUAUUGCAUACAGUUGUCUCCGUUUUUCACACCACACGGUUUUUUACUUUUUUUUUCUGGACAGAAAACCGUGGCCUACCACGGUUUUUGGUCCAGGUGAAAAACCAUAUGGACCCGUAUACGUGUUUUUUUUUUUUUUUUUUUUUUUUAACUUGGGAGUCAAAGGGAACCGUACAGAACUGUAUGUGCGUACGGUUCCAUCCAGUUUUUACCAUACGGUUUUUGACUUUGCACAGUUUUUUUUCUUGGAAUUUUAAUCAAACAAGUGAAACUUUAUUCAGAAUGGAGUGAAAAGUUCAAAACGUAUGCGUUUUUUUUCUUAAAAACGGAUGCAACUGGACAUCACUUUUCAAACCGUAUACGGUUUUCAACCGUAUACAGAUAAAACUUUGUACACACGUUUUGAUACAGUUUAGUCAGGUUUUGAGGAAUCCGUCUUUUUAUCAAAAACCUGAAAAAAAACUGUAUUGCAAAAACGUGGUGUGAACCCACCCUCACUCCAUAUACACAGGAUAGGAAAUGGAUAGGAAAAGUAUCUGAUUGUGGGGCUCCGAUCUCUUCCAAUCAAUCUCUUCCACCCUGCUAUCCACCCACCCACUGCAGCAUAGCCACGCCCCACUGUAGACCAUGUGACUUAUGACAUAUUGGGGAGAUCAAAACCUGUGCAGAGGAAAAUUUUCUCAGUUGCUAAUAGCAACCAAUCAGAUUGCUCCUUUCAUUUCUAACAAGGCCUCUGCUGAUAAAAGAAACAAUCUGGUUGUUUGCUAUGGGCAACUGGGCAAAUUUUCCUCUGCACUGGGUUUGAUAAAUCUCCCUCAUUGUCUCUGGCCACAUGGAAUGCUGGGAAAGGUCAGAGACAAUAAAGACCUACAGAACUUCCAGGUGUGGUCCAGUGCAUGAAAACAGGACGUGGUGCACGGAGGUAAUAGAAGCGUAUUAUACAGUAUUUUAACUUGGCAUCAUGAGCUCAAAGGCUGAAGAAAAAAAUAAAUCAUGUAAUACCCCUUUAAAGGGAAAGUGUCACGUAUUAUUUUUAUUAUUUUAUUGUAAUUUAAAUACCUAGUUUAUGCUAUCUAAAAAAAAAAUUUUUUUAUGUUAGUUUGGAAUAUUUUAAUGUAAAACAGUGUUAUGGGGGCUGCCAUUACCAGAGCAAGUGUGCUGACGUCACUUCACGACACCAGCACACUUGCUCUACGGCAGUGUAUGUACAUAGACAAGCUGGUAUGGGAGACGUCCCGUUCGCUUACAUUAUGGUUGUUCUGCGGAUGUAUGUCAUGCGCAGAACAAAGCCCAUGUCCGACACAAGAGUGUGCCGGCGCCAUAUUAUAGAAGUCCCGAAGCAGCCACUGUGUUGUCGGCUGCUUCAGGACCUAUGUUACCUUCCCCAGCUGUCUCCCAUGCGUGCUCCGCUUCUCCCCCCUCCCCCCAGCCUCUCCGUGCUCCGCUUCCACUCCCCCCCCUCUCCCCUCCCCCCAGCCUCUCCGUGCUCCGCUUCUUCUACACCCCCCUCUCCCCUUCCCCUGGCCUCUCCGUGCUCCUCUUCAACCCAGUACUGCAAACCUGAACACAUGGUGGGGAUGUUAGUUUUGUUGUCCAUAACG